AUGGAACGUAAUUCAAAUCGACCGAUCAAAUACUGCCCGAAUUAAAUAUUAGGUUUUGGGACGAGACAAAGCAUCUUCGCCUAACAUCUUCACCCGGUAUUCUCAUCCAAGAAGUGAUAAUCGUCUUCUGCUUCUCUGAUCGUCUUCUUAGUUCUGCUCUUUCAUCGCACCAGUUAUCUUGCUUCGUUUUCAAGUAAUCCUUAGACUACCCGUUCGCUGCGCUGUUGUCUGCUUUUUCUAAGGAGGCUAAUCCUCGCCACCUGUUUGAUCAUGGCUGUGGUGAGCUCGGCGAGCGGGCUGCUAGCCAUGCUGAACGAGGAACAUCCUGCCCUCAAGCUCCACGCUCUGCAUAAACUCAACUCCCUCGUCAAUCUUUUCUGGCCCGAAAUCUCAACCAGCGUCCCUACAAUUGAAAGCUUAUACGAAGACGAGGAGUUUGAACAGAGGCAGCUUGCUGCGCUGGUUGUUUCCAAGGUAUUUUAUUAUCUUGGCGAGCUUAAUGACUCAUUGUCGUAUGCCCUUGGUGCUGGUCCGAUGUUUGAUGUUUCUGAAGAUUCUGACUAUGCUCAUACCCUCCUUGCCAAAGCCCUCGAUGAGUAUGCAAUUCUGAAAUCAAAAAGUACUAAAACUGGUGAAGAAGGUGCAGCGAUCGAUCCUAGAUUGGAAGCAAUAGUAGAAAGAAUGUUGGACAAGUGUAUUAUGGAUGGAAAAUAUCAGCAGGCCAUGGGCAUAGCUAUUGAAUGUAGGAGGUUGGAUAAGUUAGAGGAGGCAAUUACUAGGAGCGAAAAUGUUCAUGGUGCUCUUUCGUACUGCAUCAACCUUUCACAUUCUUUCGUUUAUCACAGGGAAUACCGAUGUGAGAUUCUUCAUCUCCUUGUUAAAAUAUAUCAGGGACUACCAUCCCCUGAUUAUAUAAAUAUUUGUCAAUGCCUCAUGUUUCUUAACAAACCUGAUACUGUUGCCACUACAAUGGAGAGACUUCUACGAUCUGAUAGCAAGGAUGAUGCUCUUCUAGCAUUUCAGAUCGCUUUUGAUCUUGUUGAAAAUGAACAUCAAGCAUUCCUUCUAAAUGUUAGAAAUCACCUACUAUACCCAAAACCACAAGAAGCAAAUCUCCCCAACAAUUCUAUCGAUAUGACACCUGAAAAUGGAAAUGCUGUUGCAACUGAUGAUGCUGCUAAUGGGGCACUGGACAUUGUCAUGACGGAUAGUAUUCAAGCUCCGAAUGGUCCUGUAGAUCCAAAUGAAGUUACAUACAGUGAAAAGCUUGAAAAAAUUAAAGGAAUCUUGUCUGGAGAAACAUCAAUUCAACUGACAAUACAAUUUCUAUAUAGCCACAACAGGUCAGACCUCUUAAUUUUGAAAUCUAUAAAGCAGUCAGUAGAAAUGAGAAAUAGUGUUUGUCACAGUGCGACCAUCUGUGCAAAUGCUAUCAUGCAUGCUGGGACAACAGUGGACACCUUCUUGAGAGAGAACCUGGAAUGGUUGAGUAGAGCAACAAACUGGGCUAAAUUUAGUGCUACUGCUGGCCUAGGGGUUAUCCAUAAAGGACACCUCAAGCAAGGAAGGGCUCUGAUGGCACCUUAUCUGCCUCAAACCGGUGCUGCUGGUGGAGGCAGUCCUUAUUCAGAAGGUGGUGCCCUCUAUGCUUUAGGACUUAUUCAUGCUAAUCAUGGCGAAGGAAUAAAACAUUUUCUUCGAGACAGCUUACAAAACACUGUCUCUGAGAUUAUUCAACAUGGAGCGUGUUUAGGCCUCGGAUUGGCAGCUUUGGGAACAGCUGAUGAGGAAAUAUAUGAGGAGGUAAAGAAUGUCCUUUAUACUGAUAGUGCUGUAGCUGGUGAAGCUGCUGGUAUCAGUAUGGGCUUGCUUAUGGUUGGGACCGCAAGUGACAAGGCUAGUGAAAUGUUGGCAUAUGCACACGAUACUCAACAUGAGAAGAUCAUUAGAGGCUUGGCUCUUGGCAUAGCAUUGACUGUUUAUGGCAGGGAAGAAGAAGCUGAUACUUUGAUUGAACAGCUCACUAGAGAUCAAGAUCCAAUACUUCGCUAUGGUGGUAUGUAUGCGCUGGCCCUGGCUUACAGAGGGACGGCAAACAACAAGGCAAUACAUCAGCUGCUGCAUUUUGCUGUAUCAGAUGUCAGUGAUGAUGUUAGGAGGACGGCUGUUCUUGCCCUUGGAUUUGUUCUAUAUUCUGAACCAGAGCAAACGCCAAGAAUUGUUUCUCUGCUUUCGGAGUCAUACAACCCACAUGUUAGAUAUGGUGCUGCUCUAGCUAUAGGCAUUUCUUGUGCCGGAACUGGUCUAAGCGAAGCCAUUUCUUUGUUGGAGCCAUUGACAUCAGAUGUCGUGGAUUUUGUUCGCCAAGGAGCUCUAAUAGCCAUGGCUAUGGUCAUGAUCCAGACAAACGAAUCUUGUGAUCAUCGAGUGGGAACUUUCAGGCGCCAACUGGAAAAAAUAAUUCUGGAUAAGCAUGAGGAUACAAUGAGCAAGAUGGGUGCCAUUAUAGCUUCUGGGAUUCUGGAUGCUGGUGGACGAAAUGUUACAAUUAGGUUGCUUUCUAAAACAAGGCAUGAUAAAAUAACAGCGGUUGUUGGACUUGCGGUAUUUAGCCAAUUUUGGUAUUGGUAUCCCCUCCUUUACUUCAUUAGUUUGUCCUUUUCACCUACGGCAUUCAUCGGUUUGAAUUAUGAUCUCAAAGUGCCGAGAUUUGAGUUUUUAUCAAAUGCCAAACCUUCUUUGUUUGAGUAUCCUCGACCUACAACACCACCAGCAUCAACAUUGACAGUUAAGCUACCAACUGUUGUUUUAUCAGCAUCUGCAAAAGCAAAAGCUAGAGCUAAGAAAGAAGCUGAACAGAAGGCAAAUGCUGAAAAAUCCUCCACUGAUGAUGUUUCUGCUAGCCCGAGUUCAGGGAAAGGUCCCAAAUCUAGUGAGAAAGAUUCUGAGGCAGGGCAGGCAAGCAAUGCUUCUGAGAAAAAGACCGAAUCCGAACCUUCUUUCGAACUGCUGACAAAUCCCGCAAGGGUUGUACCCGCACAAGAAAAAUACAUCAGAUUCCUGGAGGGAAGCAGAUACGUACCGGUGAAGCUCGCACCUUCGGGUUUUGUUCUAUUGAGAGAUCUACAGCCGGCAGAAGCCGAGGUUCUCGCUCUCACCGAUGCCCCGUCGAAUGUAUCCUCUUCAAAUGCCGCUCAACAAAGCUCCGAACCGUCAGCCAUGACUGUAGAUGAGGAGCCUCAGCCCCCGCAACCCUUUGAAUUAUCUGCGUAGACAACUGGGCUCGAUAGAGUUUGUCCCAUUUCAUUGUUUUCAGGCCAGCAGAACAUCUUUUCACAGGUUUACGAAAACUGCUUUGGUUAAUGAAAGUGUGAUGACAUUGUUCUCUUUGGCUUUAGAUCAGGCGGAUUUUGUUCUUAAUGUCGUAAAAAUUUUCUACAGGCUGCCGGUGGGGCGAAAUGAUUUGUAGUUCUGGGUUCUUAAUUUAUUGUUGUGUUUUUCUCCAUAUUAUUUAUUUGGAUUUUGUAGCCAUUUUGAGAGAUGUACUUGUAUACGAAUAUUAUCUGCCUUUUUUUGGCAAACUUUGUUUUCGAAUU